AAGUCGCACAUUUGUCCUAUUACACAAUGUCAACGUCGAUUUAAACGCUUAGAACACCUCAAACGUCAUAUGCGAAUCCAUACCCUUGAAAGACCUUUUGGUUGUUCUUUUCCCAACUGCCACAAGACUUUUUCUCGAUCUGAUAACUUGUCUCAACACAUGAAAACACAUCAACGA